AUGUCCCAAUUGACACACGAAUCGACCAUCCUCAUCAUCGGCGGAGGUACAUGGGGUUGCAGCACUGCUCUCCAGCUAGCUCGUCGCGGAUACAAAAAUAUCACGGUGCUGGACUCGAAUUCGAUUCCCUCAUCAAUAUCUGCUGGCAACGAUGUAAACAAGAUCAUGGAAGAGGGUUUCCCAUCACCAACAGACUCUGAUGAAGAGUAUGUCUGGAACCGCAUGCACCAGCUCGCUACCCAAGCAUGGAAGACAGAUCCAGUAUUCCAAAGCUAUUACCACCCGACUGGAUUCAUCAUGGCUGCAUCUCAGGAUCUUGCCCAUCACCACGUCGAUCCGUUUAUGCUAUCAUGCAAGUACAAAUUGCGGCCUUUGUCAUCGGCUGCAGAUUUUCGAAGUACUAUGCCAGACGGUGUUUUGACAGGGUCAUUUCCCGGGUGGAAAGGUGCUUUCCAAGAGAAUGGUGCCGGCUGGGUGUUUGCUCGUGGAGCCAUAGAAUCUGCCCACAGCGAGGCUUCGCGACUCGGUGUCCGAUUUUGCACUGGGGAAACUAAUGGGAGAGUACUUCGUCUCCUACACACGUCUGCGUCGACUGAUGUGGUUGGUGCGGAGACUGCUGAUGGGCGACAACACCUUGCCGAUCAAACGAUUCUAUGUGCUGGCGCAAAUAGCGACCAAUUUUUUGAUUUUGAGAGACAACUUCGACCAACAGCUUGGACCUUGGCUCACAUCCAGAUGACCCCGGAAGAGCGAGAUUUAUGGAAGAACCUCCCUGUCUUGUUCAAUGAGCCGGACGUGCUUAAGGGAGAGUUAAAAUUUGUUGAUGAGCACCCAGGCUACUGCAACUUUGUCCAAGACGCUGAAACAGGCGAUGAAAAAUCAGUCCCUUUCGCUAGGACGCAAAUCCCCAUUCAAUCUGAAAAGAAAGCGCGUGAAUUUCUGCGAGAGACUGUACCUCAUAUCGCGGAGAGACCCUUUUCGUUUGCUCGUAUCUGUUGGGAUUCAGACACACCCGACAGGCAAUUUCUAAUCGAUCGACCACCUAAGUGCAACUCGCUUAUUGUUGCAGUGGGUGGUUCUGGAAUGGGGUUUAUGAUGAUGCCUGCUGUGGGAAUCGCAAUUGCUGAUGUCUUAGAGGGAGUGCUUGAGCCUAAACUCAAAUAUGGGUUUAGAUGGCGGCCGGAGACAGCGGAUAAGUUGGAGGCUCUUCGGAGUCUCAACGCAUUCAAGGACUUUCUAUCUUCAAUACAUCAGGCAGAGGUAGAAGCCGACAAGGAAAAAAAGUACCAAAUCCUCAAGACAUAUUGCGACACGCAGAUCCCCAAAAUCGAAGAUGGGGCGUGUCUAUCAGAUCUCCUACAGACUUGGAAUUUUGCGGAGAGUUCUAAUCAUGAGAAUAUCCUUGUGAUUGUGCCGUCAGUACUCGCACAACUUCUCAAAGUUAUUUCCACCAGACUCGAAUUCAGAGAAUUUGGCGUUAGCCUGUGCAAGACUAUGAUGCAAAAGGAACAGCUACGCUUGAUAAAUCACAGCUUUUCAGCACCGAAGGUGAAAGAACAUCUGAUCAGCCCCUGCAUCCGUCUACUCACCGAAGUCGUGAGUUUUGAUGGCGGCGCAGUUGCUCGAUUGGUCUAUCUGAACCGAGAUACGACUUAUAAGCGACUUGAGCAUUUUCUUCAGCCGCCCAAAGGACAAUUGGAGGCAAUCUCAAGUACAAGCAAGAAGUCAACCCUUCGUAGAAAUGCGCAGCGUUAUGUGUUGGCCAAUAUACUAUUUCUUCAGGGUCCGGCAAAAGUGGAUUUUAUCGAGCAACAUAAAGUCAUUAGAGCCCUUUUGGAGUUCAUUCGACGUGAUCCACGAGACCUUGUUGUUGAUAUUUUGAAGACGAUCGAUCGAGAUAUUGCGCAUGACAGCUCUCUACCACGCGUUACGAAAUCGAGGUUCUUCAACAGGUGGAAUUUGGAGCGACUGGUCACUUUAUAUGGUUAUGACAAGGACAAUGAGGAGGAGGAACUGUCAGAAAUAUCAAUUCCGGCUGAGAUACACAAGAUGCUGUUGCAAAUCUGCAUUGUUCCUGAGAUGGGUGUUCUCUUGCCGCAAAAUGGAUGGUAUCCGCCAUCGAGUGAUUCUCGUGAACUCACUCAGGAUGAGGAGUAUAUCGAUCUGGGACUUGAUGCUCCUUUCUAUCAGGAUAGAUACAAGGAAAGUGUUCCCGUACGAAACAGUACAUUGUCUUCUCUUGCCCAGGUCCUCCGUCCAGAAUCAGAUACACUUCAGACCGAGCUCCUACUGGAGAUCUUCAAAGCUGCUCCCGAACUUGUGGCAGAUUUCUUCACCAAACGAACGAUGUUCACUGCUGAGCCGAAGUCAAAUCCUACCUGGCUCGGUGAAUCAGCCUUCUUGUUCUCGACUGUUCAGAUUCCUGUUCCCAAAGACUUUGGUGGAAAGGAGCAGAGAAUCGAAAUGCCUCCUCCUGUCUCAAUAGCUAUUGAGAACGUAAUGCCUCGUCCACUUAAUGGCAAGUUGACAAGGUGCUUCACUCAGACUAGCGAUCCGAUUGUGACAUUAUUCGCUGUCCGCAUUUUGACAGCUGCCCUGCAUAAACUCCAGAUUGUUCUGAAGGGAUUUCAACGCAGCCAUGGCCGUCAUCAAUCUUUGUGGGAACAAGCUGCGUCAAAACUGACUAUGGAGUUCGUUGAGCGAUGUCCUUCCAUGAGGGAUGUUAUCCUCACAUUCAAACGGACGGCAUCUGAGGACAUUCAACAACAGGCCGCUGUGAUGGAGUUAAUUGCUGCGUACCAUGAUGUGAUUCCGACGGUUGCUAGUGAGGAGAAUUUCGAUGUAACUCUCGUCAUGGUGAAGGUUCUGGAACAGUUGGACGAUUCUAGUCUUUCUGAAGAUGAUUCGGAAGCGGCCUUGGGGCUUUUGCAGAACACGCUCCAUAUCGCUCAUCGUUCUGCGUCGAUGCGUUGGUGGCAGCAACCAGCGUCCUUUCCAUAUUCGGCUUUCACGUGUAUUCUGAAGGUAGCACUUAAGACAGAUAACGAGUCAUCCACCAAGGUACUUCUUGAUUUGUUGAGUAAUGUUUUGACCGAGCAAGCGAUAUUAUCAAGCUCAAGAGCGCCCUUUGAUGCUCUGAUCGCUAGUCUCAAGGGAUCUGAGCCGGCAGAAUUGGCUGUCCAGCUGCAGUUUUUGGAUAAUUGUCUAUGCCGCAUUGCAAAAAAAGCCGUUCAUUACCAAGAUCUUGCAGCUAAGCUGCUUGAGGACGACAGCAACCCGUUAAGUCUUCUCGUUGUUGCUGCCUUAGAGCAAUGGCCUUUUGUUCUCAAAUCCAAGGAGGCAGAGAAAGAGCAAUCGGUAGCGCGUUGGAUCGCUGCUUUGAUCAAACAAUUGAAGGUUGCUGGUGAGGAUAAGAAGGCUCUCAAGAACGUGCGCAAUAGUCUGUCUGAGCUGUCGGACGCAAAACAUACAAAGGCUAUCUUCAAAAAAGCGCUCAAAGGUAGUGACGAGAAGGAAGAUGUGGACGAGGACCAUGAGAUGGAGGAUGCCCAACCUGCCAAUGGACCAGAACCAAGUGUGUCAAGCGACUCCGCAUUAGGGCUUUUGGACAUAUUCGGCUCUAUACCACGUGAAAGUAAAGACCACACCGGAUUGUACAAAUGGGAAAAGGAAGAGGUAGAUGUUGCGAUUGAGCAAGGCCGAGUCAGCGAUCUCUUACUAUGCUUGUGUUCUGAGCACGAAGAGAUUCGGCGUCAGGCUUUUGCAGCUCUAUCUCGUCUGAUGAUCAAAUUAAAGGACUCAAAAUAUACUGAGUGGAGAGCCGUUUAUCUUAUUUUAGGCGAAGUACGUGAGACGGUUAACCAGCUAGGUUUCGAGACUCGUCUACCUUCCAUUGCUGGACAAUGCGCCGUUGCCUGUUUGAUGGUUCUUCASGAGCCAUUGAACAAAAUGUAUGGAAAGGUCAACCGAUAUCUUCAGAGACGACCAUGGUGGGAAGUGGAGAAAAUCCCAUCCUAUUGGAUCGACCGGAUUUUGCUGCAUCAGCCCGAGGAUGAUGAAGGACAUUACGAUGAGGUGAACUGGCUGUUGGAUAUGCUAGUGAACGGUCUUCAAACACCAGAGGACCUCAAUAUCUACCGCCGCGCAAACGUAUUCGAGCACAUCCUCUCCAUCUACAAUGCGCCUUCCUCCAACGCAGCAAUGAAGAAGAAAAUCCUUCAUCUCCUUUUUAGGGCUACACAGGUCGGCGGUGGCACAACGCUGAUUACCCGCGCUGCAGCGCUCAGUUGGAUACAAAGCUGUGUUGCUAAUUCUGAUAUCUACGCAACGCUCUUGAGAGAAUUGGCGCAGGCGAUUUAUGAGUCGAGUGAUGGUGAGAAAGUGGGUAGUUGGAGUGGUCAUUCGAUAUCCGGGACAGUUGAGGCUUUUGGCCAGAUAGACAACUAG